ACGAGAGCCAGAGGGAUGGUGGUAGUUACAGGGCAGAACAAAGUGAGUGGAAACCCGGAUGAUGCCAUGUCGAGCUCAGAUGCAGAGGAUGAUUUCCAAGAGCCAGCCACUCCUACUGCAACCCAGGCAGGACAAGCACUACCUCUGCUGCCUCAGCAGUUUCCAGAAGUUGUUCCACUAAACGUAGGAGGCAUGUAUUUUACAACAAGACUGUCAACACUGAGACGUUAUGAGGACACAAUGUUGGCGGCUAUGUUCAGUGGAAGACACUAUAUUCCAACAGAUGCUGAAGGCAGAUACUUCAUUGAUAGAGAUGGAACCUACUUUGGAGACAUACUUAACUUUCUACGAUCUGGUGACCUGCCAUCAAGAGACCGAGUGAGGUCAGUUUACAAGGAAGCACAGUAUUAUGCCAUAGGACCAUUGCUAGACAAUCUGGAGGAUAUCCAGCCUCUUAAAGGAGAAAAAGUUAGACAAGCUUUCCUGGGCCUAAUGCCAUAUUACAAAGAUCAUUUGGAACGGAUAAUCGAAAUAGCAAAGCUUAGAGCUAUGCAAAGGAAAGCAAGAUUUGCAAAAUUGAAGGUCUGUGUCUUCAAAGAAGAGAUGCCCAUCACUCCCUAUGAAUGCCCACAUUUCAAUUCUUUACGUUUUGAAAGGAGUGAAAGUGAGACAAAGCUAUUUGAACAUCAUUGCGAAGUAGAUGUAUCUUUUGGCCCCUGGGAGGCUGUGGCUGAUGUGUAUGAUCUUCUGCACUGUAUUGUGACAGACCUGUCUGAUAGAGGGAUAACUGUGGAUCACCAGUGUAUUGGGGUGUGCGAUAAACACCUGAUAAAUCACUAUUACUGCAAGCGUCCUAUCUAUGAAUUCAAGAUUACUUGGUGGUGA